AUGCCGUAUAAUAAUACCCCCAUCACGCCGUCCAAGGAGGCUACGGGUUCGGUCUCUUUGCCUUUGGCCCGCGUCAAGAAGAUCAUCAACGUCGACCCGGACAUUGCCCAGUGCUCCAAUAACGCUGCCUUCCUCAUCACCCUCGCCACCGAGCUGUUCCUGCAGCACCUCGUCGAACAGGCCUUCAACCAGGUCAAGGGCGAACACGCCGUGAAGGCGAGGCGCAAUGUGCAGUAUCGGGACGUCGCGAACGCCGUCUCCCGCGUCGAGAACCUCGAGUUCCUCACCGACGUCGUGCCCAAGACCACCACCUUCAAGCAAGCCAAGCAGCGCCAA